AGCCUUUUUCGCCCUUCUCACGUGCCCUACGCGCACAAAGGCUUGCUCCUGGCCUCCCCCGGCUUGUAGACCCUGGCAGAGUGGAGUACGACAAAGAAGGCGGUGUGCCGAUGGCGGUGAAGGUGGAGGAUUCGAGCGUGAACGGGUUCGCGUCGUCGCAGGGCCCCGGCUACUCCAACUUCGUCGCGCCUUGCACGUACUACGGAUCGCCGGCCUCCAAGAAAUCAGAGAAGAACAAGCCUCACAUCAUGCUGGUGUUCAUCAUCGUCCCGGUCGCUCCGGGGAGGAGCAGGGUGAUGUGGGCCUUCCCGAGGAACUUCGGCCUCUGGCUGCACAAGAUCACGCCGCGGUGGUUCGACCACAUCGGCGUCAACGCCAUCUUGGAUUCCGACAUGUAUCUCCUCCACAUCGAGGAGCGCAAUUUCGCUAAGGCGGGCAUCGAGAACUGGCAGAAGAGCGUGUACGUGCCCACAUCGUCGGACGGCACCGUGGUCGCCUUCAGGAACUGGUUCAGGAGGUACUGCAAGUUCCAGGUCGGCUGGGCGGCCCCGACGGUCGACCAGCUGCCGGCGACCCCCACCAAGGACAAGCUCAUGGACAGGUACUGGUCGCACGUCGCGCAGUGCACGAGCUGCAGCGCCGCCCUCAAGGCCAUGAAGGCGCUCGAGGUGGCCCUGCAGGUGGCGUCCAUCGCCGUCGUCGGGCUCCUCGCCGUGGCCAAGGGGACGCUGCUCACGUCCGUCGCCCAGCGGGCCGUCGUCGUGUCGGCGGCCGUCCUCUGCUUCGCGGCGUCCCGGUGGCUCGCUGACUUCAUCCAGAAGAACUUCUAUUUUGAGGACUAUGUCCAUGCUUACAAGUGACGACCUGGCAAAAUCAUCCAGUACGGGAAAAUAUCUGUAGAGAUAUACGUAGAAAAUAAUCUAGAGCCGUUAAUUUUGUAAAUCAAAUUUUAGUGCAGCGUAAACCAGUUGUUUCUAGUCCAAA